UGGCAGUGAGCUCCGCUUGUUCAGAACUUUCUUCCAGAUCUCAGUCAGCGCGCGCAGCUCAGAGAGCGUUGUGAAGUACUGGAGACGAUGAACGCUUUCUGAGGGGCUUUUCACACCGUUUUUAAAAGGAUACAGAAAUUUGACAGUGUUUUGCUUUGCUUUGUCUUUCUUGGAAACUACUUGACCUAACUGAAUAUUAUAAUGAGGGAAUGCAAACGGAUUUAUCUCAAUCACGUAACAAACUCGUUCGCUUUGGAUUAUGACAUUAUAUUUUUCCACCGAAGACGAGUUGGAAGUACUUUUUAGUGUUUUUCGUUAUAUAAAUUCUACACAUGUAGACUAUUAUUCGGUGUUUGUUUACUAUUAGGCUAGUCUCGAUCAAACAUAUUCGCCUAUUCAGUGUCAUAAUUUUGCUUUGUAUUAACGUUGCAGUCAUAUUAGCAGAAAUGAAAAAUCAUCAGGUACAUGUCAUUUUGUUGACUCUGGCAUGGAUUCAAGCAUCAGAUUUGAAAUACACAGGAUCAGAUGGAGGAAAUGCACAAUCAAACUCUUUUGCCAAAAAGCACACAAGUAGAUUUACACAGUUCUCCUCCUCUGGAGGAAACACACAUAUACUCAGGAAACCUCAGAACAUGGAGUCCUCACGACCUCCAGCCAGGAGAGGGCAAAGACCAGAAGCUAUUUUUCAAUCUUCUCCAUUGGGCACGACGAGCUCCAUAAACAUCCUGGCUGGUUUUGCAGGUAAAAAACGCGUUCUGGUCAUUUCAGCUCCCAGUGACUCUGAUGUCUAUUACAGGUUGAUGAUGAGCUUGCUGAAGCCAGACGUGUACUGCGAGAUGGCGGACCGACACAUGCAGCAGAUUAUAAUGUUCCAUGAAAAGGGGAAGAUGGGAGGCAAGGUGAGGCGUAUUGGAAAUCAGGGAUCUCUGGUGGAGGAGCCGUUGGAUCCGGCCCUGGUGCCCAGGCUGAUGGGCUUCCUGAAGCUGGAGGAUGGUAAGUUUGGGAUGGUGCUGCUGAGAAAGACCCUUCAGGUUGAGGAACGAUACCCAUACCCUGUUCAGCUGCAGGCGAUAUAUGAAGCCAUAGACCAGACCCCAAUGCGUAGACUGGAGAAGGCCAGGCAAAAGGGCUUCGUGCAAAAGUGCAAGAGCGCUGGAGUCGAGGGCCGGGUCGUGCAGUCUGAUGGUUUGAACGCGACAGGGCGACACAUGGUCCCUCAGCCCACACAGAUAACUCAGGCACAAAUAUCAACUACCAUCAGUAUGACCACAACAACAACGACUACCUUGAGAACUACAACCACAACACCUCCAACUACAACUACUAUACUACCUACUACAAAUGUACCCUCCACAGUGGCGCAAACGUAUCCGCACACGACUACUCGUCUCUCUGUGACCUCUAACUUCUACAGAAAACAUAAAGGAAAACACCUGAAGAUUUCUACUGCAGCCUCACCAACACAAGCAUCCACACAGAAGGGCAAACUGCCGAGAGAACGAGACACACAGAGGCCCAAUAAACCAGAGACAGAACUAUUUACCACCCAAAGGGGAACAUUAAAGCUGACGGUGGAAGGAGGAAGAAGACUGGAUGGACCUGAAAAGGCUUUAAAGAAGAUACAUGCAGGAAAAACAAAUGCCAGUGUUCAGAUAAAAAAUGUCUUUGAGGAAAGGGCUGCUGUGGACCAGACAGCGAAUCCAAAGAAAACUUUGGAAACAUUUUUGAGUUACUUUCAGAGAAGACGACGGCUCAUUGUAAUAACUGCUCCAGAUGAGCAGAAUCACAUGUACAGCGAACAGCGGGAUGAGUACCUGGAGCAAGUGUGUGAUAUGGCCCUGCGUAAAAUUUCCAUCAUCAGCAUCUUUGGGCCCCUCACAAACAGUACCAUGAAGAUUGAACACUACCAGACCGAACAGGAUAAGCCCUUGCGAGGCCUGCCGGACACUGACCUCAUCAACCAGGACCUCAUCACAGCAUUUCGGAAGCAUUUUGGGAUGGUUUAUAAUGAUUUCAACAUGGUGCUGACUGACUUCGACAUGAAAGUCAAGCAACAAUAUGAAGUCCCGAUUGUCAUGAAAGCAGUGUUCGACUACAUUGACACGUUGUCAACUCGCAUUAAAGAGAUAGAACAGCAGAGGAAACUUGCGGUUACAUGCAAGAAAGAAGAUAAAUCAAGAUCUCUAGAGGACUUCCUAUCUAGAUUCCGUUGGAGGCGGAGACUGUUUGUAAUAUCCAGCCCCAGUGAUGAGGAAUGGGCCUAUCAGCAACAGCUCUACGUCAUCAAUAGCCAGGCUUGCAAUCUGGGGCUGCGUCAUAUAUCUGUACUGAAAAUUAUUGGAAAAACCCUGGAUGAUAUGAGUGGAGUCCUGGAGCUCUAUCCCAUAAAUGGAAGUUCCUCAGUGGACCGUGAGGACCUCUCGGCCCCGCUGGUGCAGGACAUCAGAAACUACUUCCAGAUCAGCCAAGAGUAUUUCUCCAUGCUGCUCGUUGGGAAAGACGGCAAUGUGAAAUCCUGGUACCCCUCCCCUAUGUGGUCCAUGUCAAUCAUUUACGAGCUGGUGGACUCCAUGCAGCUUCGCAGGCAGGAGAUGGCCAUCCAGCAGUCUCUCGGCAUGCGGUGCCCAGACGAUGACUACAGUCACCAUGAGGGCUAUCAUCGAGGUUACGGUUAUUAAGAACAGAGGGAAAUGACUUUGAGCCUGUGCACUUCCUACAGGGAAAAGUGUGAAUAGUUUCAAAUGUCAGAAAACUUCUUACUAAAUGGUACAAUGACCACCUCAUUUUAUAUGCUGUUUUGUGGAAACUUAUAUUUAAGUUGGCUUGAAAAAAAAACUGAUCUACUACUGACUUCAUGUGCUGUAUCUUUUCAGACCGUUCAUACUUACGGUUUCCUAAAAAAAGCGGAUCAAAACUCAGAAAAUUCCCAUAGACUUACAUUGACGGAAUGUUCAAAUGAGCCAAAACUUUUAAAAUUCAAAUCUAUCUAUCUAUCUAUCUAUCUAUCUAUCUAUCUAUCUAUCUUUUAAAACUACUAAACUAAAACUUAAACUAUUUCAAAUUGAAAACCUUCAAACUUCAAGUCUUUUAAAACUCCAACCGACAAAAACUUUUUCAACUUUUCAUGUAGAUUCACUCUUGUCAUUAGGUAGAUGAUUGUAGAUAGAUGAAGUGCUGUUAAUGUUUUUGAUUCUGACUUUUACUUGAAUGUAUUUGCAUGUGUGCAUGCAGUUUUUUUUAGCUAUACAUUUAUGAAAAUAAAAAAAAUAUUCAUUGCUAAUGAGGAAAAA